UAUGUCAGUCUCAUGUGACUUUUUUCUUAUCUUUAAAAUUACAAACCCUAUAAUCCUAAUCGAAUGUGUCAUUGCUACAGGGACGACUGCGGACAUCAGUUUUGAUUUUCGUUGUAUACUGUACAAAAUGGAGUUUGAUUUGUCAUUGCUCGGUGUCUUUUGGCUCCUGAUAAAUCCUGCUUCCUCUUUAGAUACUGACGAAGUACAUCCUGUUGGUGACCCGCGGAAAUGUUUCGUCGGUAAUAAUAAGAUAUUUAGGUUUGAAGUCAUUCCCGGCGGCGGAUGGGAUAACUUGAUAAAUAAAGACACCGGUAUGAUAAUGGAACUAAAUUACUCGCGAUGCAGGACUACCGACGAUGGUAAAUUUCUCAUCCCCGACGACGUGUACACCAUCCCUAUAAAAAGUAGUAAAGUGGAGACGUACGCGGAGUUAAUUACACACUGGGACAACUACACCAGCACUUUAUCAAGAUCGGUGAAUGCGCACGGCGGCCUUCAUUUUUCGUCGGUGUCGAUCAGCGGAAAGUAUUCCAGUGAGUAUAAGAGUGUAAAAUCACGACAAUACUACGAUAAGUCGAUGACGACCCGAGUCCAGGCUCGAUAUGUUCUGUACACAGCUAUGAUGGAACCAAGUGCCGUUAUAAAUGACGCUUUUCGAUCACGUCUGCAAAAGUUAGCUACUUAUGUAACUCUUAACCGUACAGAUCUCGCACGCUACGAGAGUCAACUUCUCGUACGAGACUAUGGAACACAUGUGAUAACGAGCAUAGAUGUAGGAGCUGCUCUUGCUCAGAUAGAUGAGGUAUCCGCAAAUUAUGUGAGGAAAUAUGAUUCAGAAAAGCACAAGGUAGUGGCUUCUGCCAGUGCAAGUUUCUUUGGUGUUUUUGAUUUCGGUGCGGGAUAUUCUGAAACUACUACAAAGACAAUGAUUGAUGAAUACAAAAAAGAACGGACAUCAUCAGCUGUAAUCACGAUUGGUGGUCCUGCAUUUAGACCUAAAGACUUCACAGCAAACAACUGGACAGACUUCAUUGCAAAUGAAAUGGUUGCAUUAGACAGAUCCGGGGAACCGUUAUACAGCAUCAUACGUGACUCAGAUUUUCCUAAUGUCCCUCAGUCCGUAACUUUUGACGUAAUUGAUUACGUUAAGGAGGCAGUGCAUAUAUACUAUGAACAUAACUCUCACCGCGGAUGUACAAAUCCCGAUUCGCCAAAUUUCAGUUUUCAAGCAAACAUGAAUGAUGAUUCGUGCCAUGCACCAAUGACAAAUUUUACAUUUGGCGGUGUUUAUCAAACGUGUGAAGCAAGUAGUUUCCCUAAAAAUCUGUGUAGCGGCAAGACUCAAAAGAACCCCCUGACAGGAAGUUAUAAUUGUCCAUCUGGUUACGAGGCUGUGCCUCUCCAUCGGGAAAACACACCGGUGUGCCACAAGUGUUGGUUUUUCUUCACGUGUUGUUCAACACCUAGCAUUUCUGCUUACUGGUGUGCAGCAAGCGGCCAAGUUGCAAUCAACAGCGGUUUCCUGUUCGGAGGACUUUUUACAUCCACCGUAGUAAACGUUUUAACACAGCACCAGAGCUGUCCUCCAGAGUUUUAUCCUAUUAAAGUUCUCGGAGAUCUGACAGUCUGUGUGAGUAACGAUUAUGAACUAGGAUACAGAUACUCUCUACCAUUUGGAGGUUUUUUCUCCUGUAACGCGGGCAACCCAUUGUCACUAAAGGAAAGGGUGAAUUCUCUUCAAAGCAGUGGAGUUGAUUUCUUGACAAAGUUCAUGAUGGAACAAGGUGUAGAAUCAUAUCCUAAAACCUGUCCAAAAGGAUACAGCCAACACUUAGCUGUUGUUUACGCUGGCUGUAGUAUCAACUACUGUGUAAGGACAGGAGCGCUGUCAGAGCAAGGUCUUCCAAAGGUACAGAGACCUCCAUUCAUGAAAGCUCCUAGAGACCAGUACACAAUGAUAGACGACAAGGACAGUGUAUUCAGCGAUGAUCAAAAUUUUAUGGCAAGACUGAAAGAAGUUGUGCUAAAUGCAAUCUCAGAAGAAGGACUAGACGGUCAGUACACAGAACUGACCCCAGCAAUGGAAGGGUUGAAAGGCAGUGAGAAAACAACGGAUACAAGAAGGCUUUCAAGUAGUGGAAUUGCAGCGAUAUCAGUUUCCGCGACCCUCGUUUGCGUUUUGAUAGGCACAACCAUCGUAAUUACGAUAAAGCGCCGCAAAAGUAGACCGUACAAAGAGGUUGAUCCGUGGGCUAGAUCAACGGAGGACGGGAGAAUUUUACUGACAGGUACAAGAAAUUACAGUCGUAUGGAUGAUACACCAGUUGUUGUUUCUAGUACUUAGCUCUAAACGUGGCAGUUUGCCGCAAUAGUAAUUGAGACAAAUUCCUUAGUUGCAUAGUUCUCUCUACUACAGUGUUUGCACUAUGACCUAGUUGUUGUUUUAUGAAAACUAUUGUGAUCGGUCUUAACAUUAUAACUAUGAAGAAAUACGCAGUACUCUGAAGAAAUUUUAGUUGUGUCCACGUAUUAGUAAUUGUUUCAGUCAAGUUUGUUUAGAUUUG